UUCUUCCAAUCCCAUUGAUGAGUUGCAGAAAGUCAAUAGUAUUGUCAAUACUAGCUUUUCUCUAACCCAUGUGACUCUCUCCCCUCUCUCUCUGCCCUGAUGGAUAUUUCUCUCUCUAUGCCCUAAUGGAUAUUUCUCUCUCUAUGCCUAUGUCCUAUUAAAACCUUUGGAGCAAGACUUGGGUCUACCAUGAACAUUUGUAGGAAAACAAAGUAGAAGGCCCAUUUCCAGGGUGCUGAACUACUUGGAUCUACUGUAAUUGUGAGAGAAUGCUCACUGUUUCAUGAAAUCCCACCUGGGUUUUGGAAUCAGACGCCUUGAAUCCCCUGGAACCUGCUUUUUCAGUGAGAGACUAACUGCUUCCUAAGCAAAUUCUUGGGUUUUCUUAUAAUGGAUCGUCGACGUUUGGUUUUAUGUCUCUAUGUUACAGUAGCUUUGCUUCCUGGUCUUGCAUUCUCGCAAUUUCCAGAUAUCAAUACCCUAAUUGAAGUUGCUCAAGAAAACUAUGAUCGAUACCCUGAAGUACAAAAGGAGUGUGGGUCCUUUAUAUCACAGGCUUCUGAGCUUAAAAAAGAUGAGCAUAUGGAAUACAAAUACACACUGAGAAAUGAGCUAAGUUUUUCAGAGGGAGAUUGGGUUCAGAAGUCCGGUGAUGCUCCAUUAAUGCCUUUUGGGAAUGGAAAAACUAAUUUGGGAUCGGGAAAUGACAUGGGUUUUCUCUUUCCUCAAAAAUUGGCCUCAUUUUCGGUUGGUAAUAUUGCCCCAAUUGACACUCGUAGCAGAUCAAUGAACAUUAGCGGGUCAUUACAGUUAGCCAUACUCAAUAACACAAUUAUCUCUCAGGGUUAUUCUCAGUCUCCAUUCUCUCCUCACUUUGAGCUUGGUCCUAGUUAUUCUUUACUUACAGUGAUUUUCCAAGGUGUUUACAUGGAAUCAGAGAGAAAUGGAGGCGAGCGCACAUUGUGCAUGUUAGGGAAUACUCUCUUACCUUCUCGACAGGUCGAUUCUACUGACCCUUGGCCAUGGCUGAACACUACUAGUUAUUACCAGCCUCAUCUAUUGGAAGAUGAAAACAUUUUGCUUGUUCUCCAUUAUCCCAUGAAAUUUACUCUCACCUCUAGGGCCAUUCGUGGAGAGAUGCAGAGUUUCAAUCGUAAUUCAAACCCAAAAUACUUUGAUAGUGUGAGAAUUUCUUCCCAGUUGGGUGCUUACUCAAACUACCAAUUUGGAUCAGAGAAACUAGUGGCAAAGGCAUGUGAUCCCUACCCAUAUCGGGAUAAUGUGAUCGAUAAAGACAUAGAGCUCGUCAAAGGUAGAGAAUAUUGUGGGAUCUUAGAGCGUUUUUCUUCUGGUGAAACUUUUAAAAUAGUCCCGAACUGGAAUUGUAAUGUCACGGAUGAGUAUUGUAGCAAAUUGGGUCCUUUUGAUUCAGCUGCAGAUAUUAAAGCCACAGAUGGAGCUUUCAAUAAUGUAAAGCUUGUGAUUCGGGAUAUAAGGUGUGAACCAAGAUUCAAUUCAUCAAGUGCUAGAAUCGCCUCUGUUUUUCGAGCCAUUACUCCUUCUGAGGACCCACAUGCAUCAGCACAACGAUCGGGGCUUAAUGGUAUGGUUCUCUCAGCUGAGGGGAUAUGGAAUUCUUCUAUAGGCCAGCUGUGCAUGGUGGGUUGUUUGGGAAACCUUGAUAAAGGAAUGGAAGUUUGUAAUUCUCGCAUUUGUCUCUAUGUUUUCCUCACAUUCUCAAUCAAGCAAAGGAAUCUUGUCUCUGGUACCAUAUCAAGUAUAAAAAAUGGGAGUGAUUCAUAUUAUCCUUUAUCUUUUGAAAGACUAGUGAAUCACCCUUCCGAACUAUGGAAUGUAUUAGGCAGUGAUAAUCUCUCCUACAAAUAUACCAAGAUUGGUUUAGCUGGUGCUUUCCUAGAGAGAACCGAACCUUAUGGGUUUGGAGAUGUUAUAAAGAAAUCUCUUCUGAAUUACCCACAGAAAGAAAAAGGGAGAAAAGAAUUCAGCCUUUCUCUCCUCUCAGAGGACCUAACUCUUCAUAUUUCUGCCGUGCCGGACCCACCACCAAAGGCUCGUUUUAGAAAGACUUUUGUGCAGCUUGAGAUGCUAACCAUUGGCUCAUUCUUUGGGGGUUAUUGGCUGAGGAAUGCUUCAUAUGGGGAUUUAGUGGACAAAAGAGGUCCAGUUUAUUCGAACGCUGAACCCACUGAGAAAAAGCUCCUCUUGAAUGUCUCGGCAGAGCUCAAACUGACUGGAACUGCCUAUGAAAAUGUCUCAACUCUGUUUUUGGAAGGGUUAUAUGAUGAGAUUGUUGGGAAAAUGUAUUUAAUUGGAUGCCGAGAUGUUCGAGCCUCUUGGAAAGUCUUGUUUGAGAGCAUGGAUCUCGAAGAUGGCCUUGAUUGCUUAAUUGAAGUGAAAAUUGAGUACCCACCUACCACUGCCCAUUGGCUUAUGAGCCCUUCAGCUAAGAUCUCCAUAUCCAGUCAAAGAAAUGAAGAUGACCCACUUUAUUUUCCACUCAUCAAGCUCCAAACCUUUCCUAUCAUGUAUAGAAGGCAAAGAGAAGAGAUUAUCUCUCGUAAAGGCGUGGAAGGGGCUCUACGAAUCUUAACUCUAUCAGUGAUGAUAUCUUGCAUUCUCAGCCAGCUCUUUUAUAUCCGAGAUAAAGCUGAGGUUGUCCCUUUUAUUUCACUCAUGAUGCUUGGAGUUCAGGCUUUGGGUUAUAGCAUUCCUCUUAUUACUGGUGCUGAGGCUUUGUUUGAAAGGGUGACUUCGGAGCCCUAUGACGAGAGAUAUAUGGAGAAUUAUCGAUGGUUUAAUGUGAUUGACUAUGCCAUUAAGAUGCUUGUAUUGGUUGCCUUUCUUCUCACACUAAGGCUUGGUCAGAAGGUUUGGAAAGCUCGAAUUCGGCUCCUCACUAGGGCCCCACUCGAGCCAGGGCGGGUCCCAAGUGAUAGGCGGGUUUUCUUCACAUGUUUGGGAAUCCAUAGUUUGGGUUUUGUUCUCAUUCUUAUUGUUCACUCUUUGAAAGCUGGACAAAGGCCAUUGAAUUCGGAAACAUAUAUUGAUUCAAGAGGAUAUACCCACAAGCAGAGGGAAUGGGAAACUGAACUAAAGGAAUAUAUUGGUUUGGUUCAAGAUUUCUUCCUUCUUCCGCAGAUAGUUGGUAACUUUUUAUGGCAAAUUGAUUGCAAACCAUUGAGGAAAGCAUAUUAUAUCGGUGUCACUAUAGUGAGGCUUCUUCCCCAUGUUUAUGAUUAUAUCAGAGCCCCUGUUUUUAAUCCAUACUUCUCUGAGGAAUAUGAAUUUGUAAACCCAAGUUUGGAUUUCUAUUCAAAGUUUGGGGAUGUGGCCAUACCUGUGACUGCCUUUGUGCUGGCUAUUAUAGUAUAUGUUCAGCAGAGAUGGAGCUACCAAAAGCUUAGGCAGACCUUGUUGAAGCAAGGAAAGCUUUUGCCCCUUGGAUCCAGGGCUUAUGAAAGGUUGCCGUCAAGAUCUUUUGAAGCAGAGCUCGUAACAGGUGUGAAUGAAACUGCAACAGUGGAUCAUGUUUCCCAGGAUGAACAGUGAUCAAUCAAGCUUUAGCUUUUUGAGAUAAGUUGUUGUACUAAAAGGCUAUUCAGAAGCAGUCUUACAAAGUUAAGUCUUCGACUCUACAUGCUAGUUAGAUUUCACAUACCAGUAUCUCUAGAAACACAAAAUGAGAUUAGAAUUUAAGGGUUGAAGCACGUGGUACGGAUGCCCAAGGAGCGUACUCUAGGGCAUUGACUCACCAGCAUUACUGACAUCCAGAAGAAGCAUUUUCCUUAUGAUCCCACGUUCAAUAUAUGGUCCUUCAUGCAAUAUUACUCGAAGUUCUACAUGGCAAUCUUAUGCAUCUCUAUUAUUGAUACAUCUCUUUGUUUUCCAUAAUGGUUUGCCUCUUCAUUCUGAUUCCAGAUUCUGAUCAAAUCAAAAUGCAGAUGUCAAAACUAGCAUUUUGGAAGGAACAAGAAAAAGAACUCUCGUUCUCUCGCUCAUACUAUCUUAUGGGGGGCCACAACCCUCCCUGCCUGGCCAAAUCAUGUCCUCAAAAGAACUACAGAAAGUAUUCUAUGAUACACGACUUUGUAAAACCCAUAAUCACGAGGGUGGCCACCGUACAAUCAACGAUUCGACAGUGAUGGAGAGGGAGUGGGAUCCGCUGUUUUAGAACCAUGUCAUGGCAAGUUCCAUUCUCUUCAUAACCGUCCUGACAUUUAGAUUUGGGUUUUUCAGUCAAGUGGAUUAUAGCCUACUUUCACAAACAAUUAAUCUUUAUUUUGCAACUACCUAUAGUAGUUAUUGAUUGUAAGGCUUAUUAGCUGAAAGAUGAAAACCCCGAAACGAUCUCUUUUGAUAUAAAGCAAUUAGUGUCUUUUCCAUUA